UUAUAGUAGGCCCAUGUUGAAUUUGUCAAUAUUACAAAAUAUCAGUCUUAUGUUUGAUUUGGGAAAGCCGAAAUCGUAGCGGAUUACGAGGAGUCUUGUCGCAUCUGCCAGACCAGGCAUCACGGGAAUAUUCUGUAUAUUCUACCUGUCUCUCACACGAGCUAAACACCAAGGGCUUUAAAGAGAGGAAUAUAACUAUUUAUAAUUUCCGUAAAAUAAAUGUUAGUUAUUUGACAAACAUAGGGCCAGUGUGUGGCUCAGUAUUGUAUUUGACUAAAUAGCCUACAUUUUUAUCUACGAUACAUUUGCACACCAGUCUAGGCUAUCAUAUGUUGUCACGAAGGCCUCAUACUAGGCUAUGUGAUCACAUUUGUUUUUAAUGCCGGCUUUGAGCUUUUGGUGACAGCUACAGUAGACUACAGCAGGCACCCAAUAUAGAUUAUAUUCAUGUCUGUAAUGUAGCUAUUUCAGAUUGAGGUCAAAUCUGCCCUGGCUGGCUGCGCACGCAGAAUUCAGCGCGAGUGGGUCGUGAGGUUUGUCCGUAUUCCCUCUGUUCUUCAUCUCAUCGACAACCGGCUGGCGGGGAGAGAUCGACUGAUUAUUCUGCCCGACGGGACUACACCAAGGAACAACACUUGGACAAUUUUGAGAAUGAAUGGUUUUAUGCCUGCUUCGGGGCUCAGAAAUGACAAUCCACUCCGGCGCAGGGUAUGCUGCGAAAUUGAGGAAAAUCCCAAGACACAGGCAUCCCAGCCUCGUCAAUAACAGCUCGUGGGUACCGAAGCAUUCCAAUUUCGUUUGCUAACGUGCGUUGUGGAUGCCAGUGAUUUUUGUCGUUUAUUUGUACAUGUCCACCUUUCUCGUUCUGUAUUUUAAUGCGUCUGCUUGGCUGAGACAGGACUCGCUUCUCACCAUGCUAUUUAUGGGGUUAGUAUUUUUUUCACAACGGAACAGCCAACACCUCAGAGGCAUAUGAAGGAGGGAUAUGACACGGAUUCCACACACCCCGAAGGAGCCUGCUCAGAGAAGAAUAUGAAAAAGCAAGACAUUGGAGAGACCAUCCAUUUUGUGUCAGGAGAAUAUUUUGAUGAAGGAGACACUGGGAUAAUUAUAGAAACGGGAGCCUCUGGAUAUACAUAUAUCGACAUGGGGAGCACCCAGCUCUGAAAAUACAUGUUGGGCUUAUUAAUUGUAUUAUUAUAAUGACUAUAGGCUAAUGGUUGGAUCAUAUCCAAUACAAAAUCAUAAAAUGUGAUGGCAUCUUGUCGAGAAAAAUGCAAUAGGAAAACAUGACCCAGAAAUCGGGAUCGCCCUGUCAUCCAUCUGUGCCUUCAGCAUCAUGUUAUGAGGUGGAGUGGCUGCGAGAGAAUAUCAAUUGAAUUGUACAUGGAUAUCGCUGAUUUAUAGCCCUAUGCCGUUUUUUUAUUCAUAUUUCAGAAUGUAACUGACUUUUACAUAUUUCUUUCAAGGCAAACAUUGAAUUAUUGUGUCUAUCGGGAUCGUAUCCAUUCCACCUGGUCUUCAAGUGUCAAAUGAAAUUAAUAUCUAAAUGAGAAUUUAAAGGGAGCAACCUCGAUAUAAUCGAGAUUUAUUUUUCGAACCAAGCAAACAUCCCGUUGCACACAGAUAGGGGGGCAGGUACCAGAAAAGUCGCUGGUUCGAAUCCCCGAGGCGACUAGGUGAAACAUCUGUCGGUGUGCCCUUGAGCAAGGCACGUAACCUUAAUUCGUCCUGUAAGUGGCUCUAAGUAAUAGCGUCAGAUACAUUACUAAAAUGUAACUAUAGAUACAGCAUAUAACUGUCAUAUGAAUAUAUGGCCUAUCCAUGCAUGAAGUGAUGAUGGCCGUUUGUUUUUUAUUCUAAAUUGUCCCACUGUGAUCUAUUUUUCUAUUUUCUCAAUGUUAUUUGUCCAAGCUCCGCCACAAAUUCCUGGACAAAAAAUCGGACCGCGGGUUUAUCACCCUGAAUAGAAACCAUAUGUGGCCCACUUGAUUUGAAACAAGUGUCUUUUCCAUUACUGAGGAUAUUUUUCUUAACUUUCAAGUGCGAGAAGCUUUUUUAAUGCUUAAAGUCUGAUUUUUAGUGAGUGCCAUCAACAGAGGUGGAAUUGAUAACACACCUGGACACCGCUGUUGUACUCCGAGGAUAUUGCACUGUACAAGCCACGAGCAUUAGGCUACUACAGUCACGGGGAAUUCGACACGUUUCAAGUGCGCCGUCAGUGGGUUUUUGGCUGUUUCGCUCGAAAUGGGGAGAGUUUUAUUGUAGGAGUGCCUCACGACGCGUCGAGAUUUGCCAGGAAAAAGAAAAGGAAGGGGAUAUGAAUCCAAGAAGAAGAUGAUGAUGAUGAUGCUGGAUACACAGAAUACGACCCAGGAGAUCGGUGAGGAGGUGGAGGACGGGGCGGUGUACACCAUCACCCUGCGGAAGGUUCAGAUGCUCCACCACCACCACCACCAUCCUGGCCAUCACAGUGGCGGCAGCGGGGCUAGUAAGGGCCAGCGCUGGCUGGGUGUAGAGACGGACGCGGCCCUCAGCCUGUACGAGACGUGCAAGGUGCGCACCAUCAAGGCAGGCACGCUGGAGAAGCUGGUGGAGUACAUGGUCCGGGGCAACGAUUCCACCUACGUCACCAUCUUCCUCUGCACCUACCGCUCCUUCACCUCCACCAAGCAGGUCCUGGACCUAUUGCUCAACAGGUAUGCCAAACUCCAGCUUGGAUCAGAGGGCCACAGACUGACUCACGACGAUCGUACAGAACUGAGGAACACAAUAUCCUCCAUCUUGGGGGCGUGGCUGGACCAGUAUUCUGAGGACUUCUGGAAGCCUCCGGAGUACAGCUGCCUGCGACGGCUAAUCUCCUACCUGCACCUCAACUUCCCAGGAUCGGACCUGGAACGCCGCGCCUGCAACCUCCUGGCACACUUCCACCGCCAACAGCUCCAGGAGCCCGAGCACGAGUUGCUGGACCAUGGUAGCUAUCCGUUCACCCUACUGGAGGAGAAUGGCUACGAGGAUGAGCAGCUGGACUUCCUGAACUUUGACCCGGCAGUGGUAGCCGAGCAGUUCACCCUCAUGGACGCGGAGCUCUUUAAGAAGGUGGUCCCCUACCACUGUCUGGGGAGUAUUUGGUCGCAGAGGGACAAGAAGGGCAAGGAACACCUGGCGCCCACCAUCCGUGCCACCGUCACCCAGUUCAACUGCGUCACCAACUGUGUCAUCGCCACAUGCCUGAGCGAGCGCUCGCUCAAACCAACGCAGCGCGCCAAGCUGGUGGAGCGCUGGAUCGAAGUGGCCAGGGAGUGUCGAAUCCUGAAGAACUUUUCUUCACUGCGGGCUAUCCUGUCUGCUCUGCAGUGCAACCCGGUCCACCGGCUGAAGAGGACAUGGGACGAGGUGUCCAGGGAGAACUUCCGCAUCUUCCACGAGUUGUCAGAAAUCUUCUCUGACGAGAAUAACCAUUCACUCAGCAGAGAGCUGCUCAUUAAGGAAGGCACGUCCAAAUUCGCUACCCUGGAAAUAAACCCCAAACGAGCCCAGAAGAGACAGCAGCAACCCCGAGAUCUGAGUGUGAUGCAGGGGACCAUUCCCUACCUGGGCACUUUCCUUACAGACCUAGUCAUGAUGGAUACAGCCAUGAAGGACUACCUGGACGGAGGGCUGAUCAAUUUUGAGAAGAGGAGGAAGGAGUUUGAGGUGAUUGCCCAGAUCAAGCUUCUGCAGCUGGCCUGCAACAACUAUAACUUCACCCGAAACAAGCGUUUCCGAGAGUGGUUCUCCGGUGUGGACAAACUCACAGAGGCUGAGAGCUACAGCCAGUCAUGUGAGAUCGAGCCACUGUCAGAGUCAGCCUCCAACACUCUCAAGAAGAAGAACACAGGAAUCAUCAAACGCUGGAGCGAUCGCCAGCCUGCCAGCUCAGAGCCAGGCUGCAGCAGUGCGGGCAGCUCCCACUCCAAGUCCUUUGACCAGCUGCGUUACGCCCCCUGCCUGGGGGGCUCGGGUGGAGGUGGAGGAGGUGAUGGAGCGGACUCCCUGAGCGUCACCUCCGCUGGCUCCAGCAGCUCCGAUGUGGAGGAGAUCAAUAUCAGCUUCAUCUCCGACUCACCCGAUGUCCACGAGCGAAAGACCUCCACGCCUUCCGUAAAACAUUCCAAUUCCACGUUAGGGAAGUGCGGCCCCUUGCCUGACCUGGCACCCACGUUCUGGGAGUCCACAUCUCUGUCCUCCUUGGAUGCCUCUGGUCUGGGCUCUGGCUCGGGCUCCAGUAGCGCCUCCUCCUCCUCCAUGUCCUCCACGCCUGUGGCAGGGGCGGGCUCCCGCUCACACAAGCGCUCCGUGUCGGGCGUGUCCAGCUACUCGUCGCUGUCACUGCCCCUCUACAACCAGCAGGUGGAUGACUGCUGCAUCAUCCGGGUCAGCCUGGACGUAGACAACGGCAACAUGUACAAGAGCAUCCUGGUGACCAGUCAGGACAAGACGCCGGCAGUGGUCAGGAAGGCCAUGGUGAAACACAACCUGGACCGGGAGAGAGCGGAGGAUUACGAACUGCUGCAGAAGAUCUCUGAGGAGAAAGAGCUGAAGAUUCCAGACAAUGCCAACGUUUUCUAUGCCAUGAACUCUUCGGCCAACUACGACUUUGUCCUGAAGAAACGCGGCUUCCCCAAGGUGGGCCGGACCAAGCACGUGGCCAGCUCCACCCUGCCGCGAAUGAAGCAGAAAGGCCUGAAAAUCGCAAAGGGCAUCUUCUGAGGGGCAACGCCAUGUCACCAGAAACCCUCACCCACCUACCUGCUUCCUGCUGGGCUUUCUGGGUGCCAUCUUUGAGUGCCACCCCUGCUGUGCGAUGGUAGAGGGGCCUGUUGCCAGCUUGGCCGUGUUCAGCAUCUGAGCGUGAAAGCCUCAGAGGGCUAAUAAAGCUGAAUGGAAUGGAAAUCCCUAUUGGCCAAUGAACUUGCACUCAACUCCAUUUUGCGAGGCAGGCGACUGCCCUUGUGGAAGUAGUGACUCUGUGUGGAUGCUGUGUAUGCUUACCCACAUCUGACCCCUCCCAGGUGUUUCCUAACCAGGCUACAACCCAUGUUCAGGUCACUUCCUGUUAGCUUCACAGCUCUCUGUGGACGUCCUAAUCGAGAGGGGAAAACCUGAGUAAAAAUAUAACUAUGUCGUCUAGGUGCGUAGGGAAAUGAAUUCCUCCCCUCUAAAGGAGUUACACUCCCUCUAGUUUCUACAGACCUCUCCCUCAGCAAAGGUUCAGGUACUAUUUUUUUAACACUCCUUUCUAGACUACCAUCAACUGCAUCUGUUUCUUUGAUGUUCCGCGACAUGUGGACUGAGACAGAUGGACAGAUGCUCAGUACUGCCAGCUAGCAGAGGGAAAUGCGUUCCAACGAACCACUAAAAGGAUUUUGGGAGAGAAAGGCCCCUACUGGAUAGAUACAUCUGGUUGUUAACCAAUCAUCAGAAACUUUACUGCUUUUAACUCCUCACUGCUAAUGGGAACAUGUCCAGUUUGUUAAACUAACACUAUUCACACAAAUAGGGCAUUAUUAUUACUACAAACAUUCAAAAUAGCUCAUUUUGUCACUGCUUUGAUGCGGUGGCACUCUGCAUUUGUGCAUUGCGUCUUAUUUCUCCAAGUGGUGCUAACAGACAAUGAAAUGCUACAGCCAGCCCGCUCCCUCCCUCCCCUUUUAUUUCAUGCCUGAUGUCUUUCAGUUUCACACUAGAGUUUGAGAGAGAGGCUCUCUCUUGACAGCGAGGCCAACAUGAAGGAGUAGGCAGCCUUGAGGACUCAAUGAUGAUAGUUCAUGGAAAUAGUGCAACUGAGGCAUCCAGCAUCCAUUUUGGUUCAGUAUUUGUUUUAAUGGGUGCAUUUCUGGGAAGCCAAAAAAAGUGAUGUGGCCAGUUAGAGUACAUUAUGGUGACCUGAAAUGCACAAUGUCGGGCGGCCAUUGCGGCUCAAACGUGAUGGCACUAAAUGGCUUCUCCUCGAUUGGCAAUGCCUUAGAGAGUAGAACUGCCUACAUGUGAGCCGAAUGGCACAAAAUGGCUGUUGUUGGCAUGGUGACUACUCCCUCAGAUCAUCAAGAAAGUUAGAAGUUAGCUCCGAGCCAUUUGGACCCCAAUGUGUGCUAGACCCUCCUUUUUAACUAGAAGUGCGUGUGUGGGAAGUACUCAAGCACUUGGAAAGAGAGAGAUGUAUGUUGUAUUGUGAAAUGAAGAGUGGUUUUUAAAUGUCCAGUCUUUUUGUUCCCUAUAGUGUAAAGAAGAAGAAACGAGAAUGAAAGGUCUGUCCCUUUUGUUUGCUCCCUUUCUUUUUCUCCUUCAUCAAGGCCUUUUGUCCUUGUGUACCAGGGUUGGAGGUCAACUUCAUUUCAAUUCAGUUAAUUCAGGAGAUAAAUGAAAAAGAGGAAGAGAAAGUACAACUCAACUAAAACUUAGUCAACUCCACGUGUGCCAAAGACCGGUGGACGAUGAUAAAGUAUGAAGUGGUUUCAGGAGCACUGAGAUUUGAAGUGGAGGGGGUGAGUUUGCCUGCUGUUGAGAGGCUCAGAAGUUGUGUGAUUCUUUGUCUAUGACUAUGAUUGAAGAUUAUGUGAUGAUGAGUCCUUGGUUUGUAGUACCCUAUGUCUAUCCAUUUCCUACAGUAUUGCAGCCAUUGGAUCAAACCUAAUAUCACUAUUUAACAGCAGCCAUGACAGUGGUGUUGUGGAUUACAGUGUUAAAACUCAAGCCUUUGCUCAAAGAGUUUUCUGUGACUUUUUGACUGUGACCGUGUCACACUGAGUACGGUUACAUGCACACAAUAAUACAAGUAUUGUGAAUAGUCAAAUUAAUAUAAUAGUUUGAUUAAAACGUUUACAUGCUUUGCAAGAAUAAAUUAUUUCCCUCAUAAUUCUGUUUACAUGGACACAUCUGAAAUCAGACUACCUGGUGGGACUUUGAUGAAUGCAGAAUAUCAGAAAUCAAAAUAAACGUUCUACCACAACGACCAUGUUAUUUUUGUAAAGCAUAGUUGAUUCUGAGUUCGGACAUAUAACGUUUAUGUGAAAACGACUUCUAAGAUGUGUACUUUUAGUUUUUCCUAACUCACUUCACUCGCGCAAAAGAAGGAAGCUCGCCCUGCUUGCGCUAACACACACACACACACACACACACACAGAUCAAACACAUCACUAUAACUGAUUAAAGCAUUUACAUGUCCUACAUUUUUAAAAGAUUGCUCAGAAAAUCAGGUGUUUUAAUUGGCGUAUGCUUACUUCGAAUAUGACCGUAUGCCGAUUUAAGAUGAGCAGUAUAAGGUGUUUACAUGACUAAUGCCAUACUCAGCCUUCUGCCAUAAUCAGUUUAACAUCAAAUUAUUCAUGUGCAUGUAAACGUACUCAAUGUGUCAUGUGCAAGACAGUAAAUGUUCUAAUAGGGACAUGGGAUUGGAACUCUAUCAGAAGGCACAUCUAAACUGGCUAUACUUCACUUUAUAGCCUUUUUACACUAUUGUGCUAACCUGAACCGUAGUGUGCUGGCUGGAUCUGAUAUUUUCUUUUGACAUGGUACAUAACCAGGCCAACACAGUACAGCAAAAAGGUUAUGUCAAAUGCCACAAAAAUCCUAUAACACGCCACAGGAGUCGUCAGUCUACAUUUUCCAACAAACGCUUGAUGUGCCUAACAGUAAAGCCAUGGAAAUGGUUUCAUGUGCUAUGAUGAUCGUGUUUCACAUGUCAGUUAUCAGAAACAUGGGUGGUCAUAUUUAUCGCAUGUUAGUACUGCAUUAUGAAUGCAUUACGGCAGUAUAAUAUAAGUGAAGUGAUUUUCAUGCUUUCAAGUGUGCUGGUUGGUGGUGGUGUUGAAAAGGACGCUGUAUGUUUGUGAAUGUUGGGGUCCGGUAGUCUACUGUGAUUACAUGUGAUUUGCUAGACUUCAUAUUAGUGGUGUGAUGGAAGUUGCCCCUAAGCCCUGAUUCAAGGUCAGCGUCUAUUUCUACAUCCUAUUAACAAGAUUAGGAUUUGUGUUGGGGAAGCUGAACCUGGAUCUGCAGUUAAAUACUUUUUGUGGUUGAUCAAUGAGUGAGGGAUGGAUUCUUUAACUGGAGAUCCUUAAACUUUUGUGCAAAAUCAUGCAUUUGUGUCAAUGGGAGAUUUACACUUAAGUUUCCAGUUAAUGCCAGUAAGCGUUCAUCCCGGAAUGUGUGCUUAUUUUUUGCUAAUGUCUUUGUGCCCUCCCCAGCUACCCAGCCUAUCUACACUGAGUGUACACAACAGUAGGAACACUUUCCUAAUACCGAGUUGCACCCCCUUUUGCCCUCAGAACAGCCUCAAUUCGUUUGGGCAUGGACUCUACAAGGUGUUGAAAGCAUUCCACAGGGAUGCUGGCCCAUGUUGACUACAAUGUUUGUCAUAGUUUCAAGUUGGCUGGAUGUCCUUUUGGUGGUGGACCAUUCUUUAUACACACAGGAGACUAUUGAGCUUGAAAAACCCAACAGCGUUGCAGUUUUUGACACACUUAAACCUGGCACAUACUACCAUACUCUGUUCAAAGGCACUUAAAUAUUUUGUCCUGCCCAUUCACCCUCUGACUGACACAUAAACAAUCCAUGUCUCAAUGCUUAAAAAUGCUUCUUUAACCUGUCUCCUCCCCUUCAUCUACACUGAUUUGAAGUGGAGCUUUCAACUGGAUUCACAAGGUCAGUCUGUCAUGGAAAGAGCAGGUGUUCUUAAUAUUUUGUACACUCAGUGUAUAUAUCAGAGGUUGGAGAGGGGGAUCUGACAAAAAGAUGUCAGCAUUUCAAGUUUCACAAAUGCUAGUCUGUGUGUGUAUGUGAGACACACACUCUCUUCUAUGUCUAUGUAUUGUAAAUUUAGGGCCAAAGACUGCACCUCUCCACGAAUCCCUCUAAGUUAGUCCCUCUCAGAAACCCAGACUGAUCAGGAAUAUGUCAUCUUGCCUCAACCUCUUACAAUGAUCAUCCUUAAAACCUUCGUGCCAUCGCUCUCCGUCACUGUCAAAGGCUCUGAACUUUCUAACGAUUACCUGUUCAAUGUUUUUUCUAUGUUCUUUUUGUAUUUUUUGUAUAUUAAAAGACUCAAUGUCCUUUGUACUUUAGAUUAUUUUCUUCAUUUUCCUGUUUUGUGUUUGCUGGCUUUAUUUAUUAACUUGUAAAUACUUUUUUGUAGCAUUGUACAUUGUUUCUUUUCCCAUGCAAUUACAAAUUAAUAUAUAUGUAAAUAUAAAUAUAUAUGCGAAGUUUAUACCACAGUAUUUGUGGAUCAACUUGUCUCCAUAUCCCGUUGACUUUGGUUGCUUUACGUCAAUCCUCUGUCGUUUUUGUAUAAUGCUCAGUUUUGAUAUUGCUUUCCCCCUUAUUGUGUUGUUUGUAAUGGAGAAAAAACACCUAAUAAAAACUUACUGUGUGUCAAAA